UCUCCUCGUCGUCGCGUCCCCGAACGGUUCAAUCCGCUCUUUCCUUAUCCAGAACUUGGUUUUGCACUCAGUCUUUCUAAACGGUCAGAUACCUACAUCACUUCUCCCUAAGGUCCAGCUGAACAUCACACACACUUUGCUCAAGGCCCUACUCUGGUCCAAUUGGCACGUUCAAGAGCCAGACGGACGCGUCCUUGCUUGCACUAUGGCGUCGCUUGGAGACGACCUGCUGAAGACCGUCAAUAAAUUGCAAGACUUAGUCUUCAACACCAUUGGCAGUGACUCUCUGGACCUCCCUCAAAUUGUGGUCGUCGGCUCGCAAUCCGCGGGUAAAUCGUCCGUUCUCGAGAAUAUUGUCGGUCGUGACUUCUUGCCACGCGGAAGUGGCAUUGUCACCAGACGACCACUUAUUCUCCAGCUCAUCAACGUACCCCAGGAGGAAUUUGAUUUGGAUCCGUCCGAUUGCCUCUACACAUCUCCUUCACAAGCUAGGCGAUCCGAAUGGGCCGAGUUUCAUCAUGUUCCAAAUCGCCGCUUGAAUGAUUUUUCCGACGUCAAACGUGAGAUCGAAAACGAAACAGCAAGAGUAGCUGGUAGCAACAAGGGCAUCAAUCGGCAGCCCAUCAACCUCAAAAUCUACUCACCUCAUGUUCUAAACUUGACACUUGUCGAUCUUCCGGGACUUACCAAGGUACCCAUUGGCGACCAGCCUAGCGACAUUGAGAAACAGACACGCAAUCUCAUCUCCGAGUAUAUCGCGAAGCCAAACAGCAUCAUCCUCGCUGUCUCUCCGGCAAACGUGGAUAUCGUGAAUUCGGAAGCCUUGAAGCUUGCCAGGCAUGUGGAUCCAUUGGGCAGGAGAACUAUCGGUGUCCUUACCAAGAUUGACCUUAUGGACCACGGUACGAAUGCUCUCGACAUCCUCUCCGGUCGCGUCUACCCUCUGAAGCUAGGCUUUAUUGGUGUCGUCAAUCGAUCCCAGCAAGACAUCCAGGGCAGUAAACCGAUGGAAGAGGCCCUUAGGGACGAGGCGGAAUUCUUCAAGCACCAUCCAGCCUACCGUAACAUUGCCAACCGCUGCGGUACUCAAUAUUUGUCCAAGACUCUGAACACCACCCUGAUGGCUCAUAUUCGAGACCGCAUGCCGGACAUCAAGGCCCGGCUUAACACUUUAAUGGGCCAGACGCAACAGGAACUUGCAAGCUACGGGGAUAUGCAUUUCAGCGGGAAGGAGCAUCGCGGCUCGCUAAUCUUGCAGUUGAUGACCCGCUUUGCCACCUCCUUCAUCUCGUCUAUCGACGGGACAUCUACUGACAUAUCGACGAAAGAACUUUGUGGCGGUGCCCGUAUCUAUUACAUUUUCAAUUCCGUUUUUGGCAGCUCCCUCGAGUCCAUUGACCCCACGUCUAACCUGUCAGCCUUGGAUAUCCGCACGGCCAUCCGCAAUUCUACAGGUCCUCGUCCGAGCUUGUUCGUACCAGAGAUGGCUUUCGACCUUCUUGUCAAACCCCAAAUCAAACUCCUUGAAGUUCCAAGCCAGCGCUGUGUAGAACUUGUCUACGAGGAACUCAUCAAAAUUUGUCACACCUGCGGCUCAACCGAACUCUCCCGCUUCCCACGCCUCCAAGCGAAACUUAUCGAAGUCGUGUCUGAUUUGCUGAGGGAGAGGUUAGGGCCAGCCUCGUCAUACGUCGAGUCGCUGAUUUCUAUCCAGCGUGCAUACAUUAACACGAAUCACCCCAAUUUUCUUGGCGCUGCGGCUGCGAUGAGUAAUGUUGUGAGCAACAGGCAGGAAAGAGAGCGCAGACGCCUGAUUCAGGAUGAGAGGGAGAGAAGAGAAAAACGUCGCUUGAAAGAGCUAGGCACUAAUGGGACAGACGCGCCUGAAGGAGAGGAAGAAACCCACGGCACAGAGAAAGGAGACCCAACAACAGUGCGAAAGCAAGCCAGUAACGCAGUACGUAGCCUAUCACCGGCAACAAGGGACAAUCCGGCAUCUUCACUUAAUGCAGCAAUGAACACUGCUCGGUCCCUCUCGCCAUCCAGAUUCAAUAGUCAGGGCCUCGGUGGUGCACGGGAGUCCUUCCUCAAUUACUUUUUUGGAAAGGAGGGCACCUCGUUGAUUGGCGUUGGAGCGAGCAGUGUCCCAGGCCGGGAUUCGUCCAUUGCCAAGCACAUCGGCUCAGCGUCCGAGCCGACAUUUUCUCAAAGCGUUCGCCGGAGCGAUGAUGCAUUUUCGGCUCGAACCCCCUUCCAGCAUUCAGCAAGAGACGACGAGGAACUUUCCAGAUCGCGUCCUUCCGAGUUCGCAUCUCAUUUCGGUUCUUCUGGCGAGCCAGCUCUAACAGACCGAGAAGCGAUGGAAACCGAGUUGAUCCGCGCUCUUAUUUCGUCCUAUUUCAACAUCGUUAGAGAGUCCAUUGCCGACCAGGUACCCAAGGCAGUGAUGCACUUGCUCGUGAACCAUUGCAAGGACGUGGUUCAAAAUAGACUCGUGAGCGAGCUUUAUAAGGAAAGUCUGUUUGAAGAGUUGCUGUAUGAGGAUGAUAGUGUCAAGAAGGAGCGUGAGAAGUGCGAGAAGCUUCUGCAAACAUAUCGAGAAGCUGCGAAGAUUAUUAGCGAAGUCUUGUAGAUGCUUCUGUUGUCCUCUCCAGCAUGGAUUCGAUUACAAUGGCAUAACAUUGCUCUCAAAAUGUAGCAAUGCCUGUAUCUGUAGAGUACUUAAUAUAUUAUCUUAGCAGCUUAGACCUUCCCCAAGGCAUAUAGAGUGUCAGAACACAAAUUAAGGUAGGCGGA